GGCUGGCUGGCACACUAGAUGGCAAGGUCACAAACUGUUCUGAGCUGAGCAAACAGAGGCCGACCGAGCCGCUCUGUUUUUCUGCCUCUCUCAUUGGGCUCCUUGGAAACUUGAACAAACAGCAGCACACACAUUACAGUUUCCACGUUAUACAGGGUACGGGUUACUUCAGGUGUGUCCUGGCUUAACCAUUAAACUCAGGCUUUAUCCAAUGACGUUCCUCUGCUGACCUCAAAUCAGUGAUCACUGGGAGUCUCACUUGAGCUUUUGGGACACUUGAAUGUUUUUCUUCUUGUUCUCAGGGGAAAUGCUGGAAAAGAGCUUGUUCCUGCUUUGUUUGUCAUCUGCUCUGGCAAAAGAGCUGUGUUCAGAAGAUGCUGCAGACGCCUACAAAGUUCGACUCAGCAUCAAAACGGCUCUGGGAGAUCAAGCUUAUGUUUGGAAUGAAAGUGAAAUGUUCCUUUUCCGAGCGACUCUGGCUUUUGCCAUGAGGAACCACUUCAACAGCGAGGACUUUCACGUGUCCAGCAUCAUCGUGUGUGAUAGGACUGACAGAGUGUCGUUCUGGUUCGUGGUGACUUCACCGAACGACACUUCAACCCUCGUGGAUAAAAACAAUGUGGAGGAAGCUAUCAGGAAGUCGAGGAACCGCAUCAACAGUGCCUUUCUGCUAACUGAUAAAACUCUGGAGUUCAUCGGCAUCGUCCCCACCCUGGCAGCACCGUUCCAGCCCGCCACCCCUCCGUGGCUCAUUGUGUUCGGGGUGGUCAUGGGUGCUGUGGGCGCCGGCAUCGUCGCUCUGCUGGUGUCCUCUGUGGUCCAAAAGAGACGCAAGAAGAACGAGAAAAUGGAUGAUGAGGACGAUGAAGAGACGCGGGUGAAAACGGUGGAAAAUGGCACCGCAAGUGAGGGAGUUCACAACAUGUCAUUCUCAGAUGAUGAACGAUUCACACAGAUGUAGAACGCUUCGACAGAAACUCUCCCAUGUAGGAAACAAGAUGGGAAGAAAGAGUUUUAAAGCUGCUCCAGCUGGACUAACUUUUCAUCUGCAAAAUCAGUUUUAACCUGUAGUUUGUCGUAGGUUUGUCAUUUAAACGAUUGAAGACAUCUUCAUGAUUUUUUUCUUUCUCACUCAUCAUUUCUAUGCUGUCAUGACCUGCUGCCUCAAACAGAAACAAGCUCUUGCAAUUUUUGUAA